AUGAAGGAUACAUAUGCUGAAAAGGGCGAGAGUCCCGCGCUGAAUCGUAGGCAGAACCUGACUGUUAAGACUAGGGAUAGGAGGUCGUCUUCUGUUGGGCGCAUUGACCUUGGUGACACAGUUCCUAGUAUCUCAACCAUGAAUGAGACUAAAUACUCCAAGUUGGAGGCCAAGAGGAGGAAAAGAGCGCUGAUGGGUUCUGACGAGAAUGACCUCGACCUUAUGAGGAAGCUGUGGUACAGUUACAGGGAGGUGAACUACCGCCAUUCCUGGGUUACCCCCUUGCUUAUUUUGUUUUCUGUUUAUAGCGCGUACUUGACCUCGGGGAACAGAACCGAGACCAACCCAUUGCAUAUGUUUGUUGCCAUAUCAUACAGGAUUGGUGACACCGACAGAUACGGUAAAGGUAUAAAGGACCUGGCUUUUAUCUUUUAUCACAUGAUUUUCUUCACAUUCCUAAGAGAGUUUCUCAUGGAUGUUGUUAUUAGACCAAUCACCAGAAUCCUAAACAUAACUUCCAGACAUAAGGUGAAGAGGAUGAUGGAGCAGAUGUACGCCCUUUUCUAUUGUGGUUGUUCGGGCCCCUUUGGCCUCUACAUCAUGUACCACUCUGAUUUGUGGCUAUUUAAGACCAAGGAAAUGUACAACAGCUACCCUGAUUUCACUAAUCCAUUCCUAUACAAAGUAUUCUAUCUAGGCCAAGCUGCAUUUUGGUCUCAACAAGCUUGUGUCUUGGUGUUGCAACUUGAGAGACCUAGAAAGGAUUACAAAGAACUGGUCUUCCACCACAUCGUCACUCUGCUGUUGAUUUGGUCUUCCUACGUCUUCCAUUUCACAAAAAUGGGAUUGUCAAUAUAUAUCACUAUGGACAUUUCUGAUUUCUUCUUGUCACUAUCAAAGAUCCUGAAUUAUUUGGAUUCCAUCUUUACGCCUCCAGUAUUCUUGGUGUUUGUUGGUAGCUGGAUUUAUCUACGUCACGUUGUCAACAUCAGAAUUCUAUGGUCUGUCUUAACCGAAUUCAAGACUGAAGGGAACUAUGUUUUAAAUUUCGCAACUUCUCAAUACAAAUGCUGGAUCUCACAGCCAAUCGUGUUUGUUCUAAUUUUUGCUCUGCAACUUGUCAACCUAUACUGGCUGUUCUUAAUUUUCAAGAUUUUACUAAGGUUGAUCUUCAAGGGUGAACAAAAAGAUGAAAGAAGUGAUAGUGAAUCCGAUGAAUCUACAAUGCCAGGUACACCUGCAGACGAUAAUAUUACCAUCUGUAUCAAUGAGUCAUCAAAGGAAAAAGAUGAAUAA